UGGACAACAUUAGUCUACAACGUUGUUAUGUAAGCCCGGAGCUGGACAAAUCCGACAGUAGGCGUGAGUUGCACAUCUUCUGCGAUGCAUCUCAACAGGCAUAUGGAAGUGUUGCCUACCUACGGACGGAAGAUGCUGCUGGAAAGGUGGAAGUUGCUUUCCUGACUGCCCGCUCUAGGGUGGCCCCUAAACGGCAGACGUCCAUGCCACGUCUGGAACUAUGUGCAGCCUUGACUGGAGCUCAACUCGCUAGCCUGCUGACCAAAGAGCUCACCCUACCACUAUGCAGAGUGGUGUUAUGGACAGACUCCACCACUGUCCUAACAUGGAUCCAGUCAGAGUCCUGUCAUUUCAAGGUGUUCGUGGGAACUCGGAUAGCUGAGAUCCAGGAACUGACAGACAGCCAGUCUUGGCGUUAUGUGACAACAUAUGAAAAUCCGGCAGAUGAUCUAACUAGGGGUAAGAAGCUACAAGACCUCACUGUGCAGUCCCGGUGGGCAUGUGGGCCCCCGUUUCUGCAGCUACAUCGAGACCAGUGGCCAGACCACCCAGCCACACCAUGUACAGACUUUGCUGAGGAGCAGCGUAAACCAAUAACUUGCUUAGCUGUGUCUACUGACUCUAUCUCCCUGCCUGAUGCACAGCAGUUUACCAGUUUUAGCAAGCUAUUGGAAGAAACAGCCAGGUGCCUUCACGGGGCGGCUGGUGACAACCUCACAUCAGAGAACUACAAGGAGGCUGAGCUUAUUCUGCUGAGAGCUGCUCAGAAAGACAGUUUCCCAGAUGAGAUCCAGUGCCUGACCACUGGGAAACCAGUUCACUCAUCCAGCCGUCUGUUUGGCCUGGCUCCGGAAUUUGAUGAGUCGCUCCUACUCAUACGAGUAGGUGGUCGUCUCAGACGGUGCCAUGAUUUGGAAGCUGCUGUGAUACAUCCAGUAGUAUUGGACCCUAAACAUCCAAUCACCAGACUACUCAUCCAACAGGCUGACAGUGAUUUGAAACACCCAGGAGCAGAGAGAUUGUUUGCAGAGUUGAGAAGGAAAUACUGGAUUCUUCGCGGCCGUGAAGCCGUAAGAAGUGAACAGCGCUCCUGCCCUGAGUGCCAAAAAUGGAGAGCCCAACCUGUCAACCCAAAGAUGGCAGACCUUCCCCUUGCACGCCUACGAUUACAUCAGCCAGCCUUCUUCUCAACAGGCAUCGACUGCUUUGGGCCAAUGCAGGUGAAGGUUGGUCGGAGAAACGAAAAACGCUGGGGCCUGCUCUUCAAAUGCUUGACAACUCGUGCCAUUCAUAUUGAGGUGCUGUCUAGCAUCAACACCGACUCAUUUCUGAUGGCAUUAAGAAGAUUUGUCUCUCGCCGUGGGAAACCAGCUGAGAUACUGUGUGACCAGGGAACGAAUUUCCGAGGCGGGGAUCGGGAGCUCCAGGAAACUUUCAAUGCCCUGCAUCCCUCUUUACAAGGCAAGUUAGCAGAGCAUCAGAUCAAGUUUCGAUUUAACCCUCCCAGUUCUCCCCACUUUGGAGGAUCCUGGGAGCGAGAGAUCAGGUCCAUAAAGGCAGCUCUGGCCUCCACAUUGGGCUCGCAGGUUGUAAAAGAGGAAAUCCUCCAAACAGUGCUGAUCGAGAUCGAGGGAAUGCUCAACUCAAAACCUUUGGGGUACGUAUCAUCAGACGUGGCCGACCCAGACCCCAUUACCCCAAAUUUGUUGCUGAUGGGGCGGCUAGACCCUUCCCUACCCCAAGUGAUAUACCACGACUCAGAGCUCAUUGGACGACGACCAUGGAGGACCUGUCAGGUGUUAUCCGAUCGCUUCUGGACACAGUUCAUACGCCACUACCUGCCUACACUGCAGACAAGGUCAAAGUGGCAGAAAGACACUGCUCCGAUCCAGGUGGGCACUGUGGUGAUGAUAGUGGAUCCCCAACUUCCCAGAGCAUCAUGGCCUGUUGGGAAGAUCAACAGGGUAUUCCCCGGAGCUGAUGGUUUAAUCCGGUCUGCAGAAGUGAACGUAAAGGACCGUACCUACGUACGCCCAGUGAGCCGCCUUAUUCGACUACCUGCAGUACCAGAACAAAAUGGACAGUAAACUACAUUCUGCAAACUUGCGAGUGCAAGUUUGGGGGCGGCUGUUCUGAAGGCAGGACUGUGAUGCAGUUUUCUGCCUCGCCACUAGAGGGCGCGGCCGUUUUGUGAGUAAUGUUUUGACUAGAAUGAAGAGUGGUGUUCAUGGAGGCAGUGUGAAUCACAAGUUAUGCUCGGGAGCAGUUUAUGUGGGUUCAUUGAGAGUGUGCGUCCAUAAGACUGAACCACACACACACACACACAUACCCAGGCUAAAUCUGCUAUUAAAGAGCUGAACGAUCAUCCCCUGUCCUCGUUUUCUGGAGGGUCAUAGUGGCACUUGACCUGUGCACACCCUGCGAUCACCACCGUAGAACUGAACCUCAUAUCAGAAAUCAUCACAACAAUGUCAGAAUUAUAUUAAGGUGCCAGACUGCUUAGGGCUUUGUAAACAAUAAGACGGUUUCUGCAAUUAAUUCUAAAGUUUACUGGAAGUCAGUUUGCAAGAAAGGUGUGUACACCAAGAUUAUCAUACUUGUAAGGUCAGAUUUAAAUUACACCUGUAUUUGCAGGGAUGAUUUUCCAACACACCCAGUAAUGACAAGUAAAAUAUGAGCCUUUCAACUCAGUUCCCAGUACCUGUCAACAUGGAAGGCAUCGACAA